AUGACCAUCAAAGUUGCUUUAAUUACUGGCGGAGCCAGUGGAUUGGGCUUGGCCGUAGCAAAAGCAUUGUUAGCCAAGGCAUCCAGUGAAGAGUGGUGGCUUCAUAUCCUCGAUAUUGAUCAAGAGCGCGGCACCCAAGUAGCCUCCGAGUUGCCACGAUGCACCUUCCACCGUGCCAAUGUGACCCAAUACAGUGACCUGGCCACAGCGUUCCAGGGCGCAUUUAACCAACACAAGCGAUUGGACUUUGUGUUCGCUAAUGCCGGUAUGGUUGAGCGCAGUAACUUCUACGCCCUCCUAGAUGCAGAGGAAGGCCAGGCAGAUGCCCCACCCAAAGAGCCAGUCGAUCUACUCCCAAUCGACGUUGACUUGAAGGGGGUCAUUUUGACAACCUAUUUGGCCCAGCACUAUUUCCGCCAUUCGCCUCAUAAGGGCCAAGGCGCUAGCUUGGUCAUGACCGCUAGCUGCUGUGGACUGUACCCGUCGUUCUAUUGUCCGUUAUAUACGGCCGCUAAAUCUGGCGUGGUGGGCUUCAUGAGGGCCGUUGCGUUGCAUUUCAAAGCCAGCGGAAUCCGGGUUAAUGCAAUCUGUCCAAGUAUCAUUCGGACCAAUCUGGUCGACUCGACUGGCUGGGAUAGUUUCCCUCAAAAUCGAUUCGUCGAAGUGGAGGGCGUCGCUGGCGUGGUUGUUGGAUUGGAAGGUGAAUCGCAGGGUUUGACUGAUGCUACUGGAAAGCACUUGAACUUGGAAGAGCUGUAUGGGACUGCUGUUGAGAUCUCCGACUCAGGAUUUUAUUUCCGGCCUCAACAUGAAUUCUGCGAUGAGGGAAUGCGAGAAGUGAUGGCGGCGACGGUCCUCGAGAAUCAGGUGGGGGCAAUUCUGAAUGGCGAUUGA